UAUAGAAUAUUCGCACUUAUACAGAUUACUUGACUUAGAUACAUAUGUCUCCCGCACUUUGUCGCUGGCGAUACCAACGGGGAUACGAAGGACCAAGUCAUAAACCGUUGUAGCCUUAAUAACUCCAUCCAUCACUGAUGACUGAUGGCGCCGACUGGUGGACGACGAUCGUCAGCAGGGUUGAAUCCAAACACAGAGGCAUCGUCGGACUGGCAAGUUGCGGCAUCUAAUUCCACCUUGAAUACUUGGGUUGGACGUCGACAGCCAUCAUGGCUUACCAACGCGAAACCCGUCAAGCCAUCUCCUCGUCAUUCACAACCACCCAAACAACCAACUACAACAAUAGAGACGACGCCCCCCAUUGUCACGACUACCCAGACUACCCAGACUACCCAAGCUGCCCAAACCACUCAAACUACCUCUGUUACCCCAGAGUCAGUACCCACGGCAGCGCCAGUGUUUGUUCCCGACCUCGUCUCAGCCUCGCCACCUCCAACUUCCGAAUCUCACCGUCUUCCCCAUCUCCGUCCAUCCAUUCAUACACCAUCCUCGACUGCAGCUGCAAAUACCGUCCUUCCUUCACCUGCACCCAGCGACGAACCUAGUCCAGGCGUGCCUGAGGCACAAAACGCGAUACCAGUGACCCGAGCCUAUUUCUCACUGGACGACGAUAAGACAGGAAAUAAACCUAAGGAACGACCCCACAUUCGAGUGUCAAGCGUUCGGAGCUCGCGAACAGGCAGAGAAACUUCGGCCUCUCCGAAUACACCUACAAAUCCAAAUAUGGCACUCAACACACCCCCGACGCCCAACUUGCUCCCAACGCAUGUCAACAUUACGCCGCAGGAGCGAUCAGAGCAGCCUGUUGCCAAGAGACGACGUGUCAUGUAUGUAUACAACUUCUUGGUCCCCUUCACUUCAAAAUUAUUGUCGGCGAGGAUAAAGUAUAUUGAUUUGAUUGUGUGUCACAGGAAUGCAUUGCGCCUAUUUCUAGACGCAAAAGGUGCCAUGGAAAAUAUUCAAGAAAGGAUCCGGUCCAGUGGUGGCGAGCAAGCUCUAGAUGUACAGAUUGAACGACCUCGGUUUUUACUCCUUUUACAGGCUUGUGAAGACGGUGAUCUAUUUUUUGUUGGGUUACACCAGCUCUUCUGCACCUGGACGUCACAACAAAUCAUAGUUCAUCGGCUUUGUGACGCCACUGGGCAUAACCCGUCCCUCGUAGACAUGGCCUUUGGUACUAUGGGGACUAUCUUGAAGAGUAAUUCGAGAUUAAGCCCGUCACAUAUCCAAUGGUUUUCUACAUUCCCAGCUCCACUUAAUGACUUGAUGGAUGAUCCUUUGUAUACAACUAUACUGAGACAAGUUCUUGACUUUCUCAUGUGCGUGGGUCAUAAAUGGGGAAUUGUCCAGCAUGAGCAUCAGAUGAAUGGUCAUCCCAUUCUUAUGACCGAAUUCCUUGCUGUCUUUCGACUGUUCUCUCCUAUUUUACAGGCAAUAAUGUUUCGGGCAUCAAGGCGAAGUGUCGGUGUCGAUGAAGGGAAUGCUGCCGUGCAGAUGGAAUCGCUUUUUAAAGCCGACCAGAGAAGGCAUCUCAACCCGGAUGGUUCCUUCAUAAUAACAACCCCGUCUCCGAAAUAUCAAGAGUACAACCUUAACCUCGUGAAAAAGUAUAAGGCUAUCAUUCAUGAUGCACGACGCCAACAACAACAGCAACAGCAGCAACAACAGCCGCAACAGCAACCAGGGGCUUAUCAAGGUAUUCAGCAGCCUAUCCCUCCCCAGCCAGUGCGCUUUCAACAGCAAGGAUCAUACAACCCUCAUAUGAAUAUGGGAUUGGUUUCCCAGGCCCAGCAAAAUCCCAAUCAAAUAGUCCAAUUCAACCAUUUCUCUCCCCAGUUACCUACCAACUCCGCACCCGGCGCUUCUGGAGCACAGUUUCUUUAUACGCAACAUACGACCAACGUUCAGCCAAACAUGUCCAUCCAGUCUUCCGGCUCACUCUUUUUUCCUGCGAAUGCAAACCCAUCUAUAGUGCCAUCUCAUCGUGGAGAUUCUAUCAACUCCAUGACCCCUAGACCUUUUAUAGGCUCCACCUCACUCCGUCAGCCGGCUAAUGUUCAUCCUCAUCAAACACAAUUCAGCCAACACGGCAGUUCAGUCCCACUACCACAUGCUGGGUACUCACAGCACUUGACUUUGUUGACACAGCAACAUCAGCAAUAUCCUCCAGGCUCAGCCUCUCCCCAGCCGGUUUCUAAUACAGGAAGACCUCUUUACCCAAUGCCACUAUCUGGACGCCAGCCCCAGGUUUUCCCACAACAAUCUUCCAACCUAGUGAAUCAGUAUAAUGCCAGCUUUCCCUUAAAUGGGAGUGUACCCAAUGCACAACCAGCUCGGCAACCCGUUCACUUGGUAAAUAAUGCCCUGCCUCCAAAUGGCUCCCCUCAACUUUCCAUGGACCCCCAACUCCGCGCUAGGACCGUCGUACACGACAAGGAUCGAUUCUUUCCAUCUCCAAACAUGCGAAUUAGCAUACAAGACUAUCCCCACAGUCACUAUGAUCGAAGGUCUGUCAUAUCCUCUCUCCAUCAAGCUGAGCUUCGAAGUCCAGUGCGAAGGCCUAGAGAGCUACGCUCAACGGAAAGGUAUUACCAAGCAGUCAAAUGCUUUGCUCUGUGCCCAGUUGCGACGCCGGUUCAGCCUUACUUGCACCAUUUCAAGUUCACCGUACCGGAAUCUGACCUCAUCAAGCUUUCUAAGGAUGAGGCGAUGUCAAAUAUGGCUUCAUCAAAGUCUUUUCCGGUGAAUGUGUUUUUCGAUGGAUCUCUACGUCUCCGUGUGCGAUGUUGCUACAGAAAGACUUCCUUGCCUGCUUUUUCUGAAAGCGACUGGGUGACAACUGAGACGAUUUGGCCUGAGCAUAUCUUCAUGGAGCUGAAUAAGUCCACCCUUGGAAUCAGGCGAAAAGCACACCAUUCGAAGGACUUACCAGUUGAAAUUUCAUCGUUCAUCCAAGUUGAGAACUCGCUCGACGUUCUUAUCACUCAAGGGAGCUACGAACGCCAGGGUCAAGUACCCUACAUUGCAGUGGAAGUUGUAGAGACUCUGAGUCACAGUACCAUAAUCCAAAUGGUAAAGGAACACGGGCUCUCCCCAGCUAGUGUGACGGAACAAAUCAUCAAAAAUCGCCUGGGUGGAUCGUCAACCAGAAGGGUAGACGACGAUGAGCUAGCCAUAGCCGAUUACCUGUCCAUCGAUCUUGCGGAUCCCUUUAGCAGGACUAUAUUCACCAUUCCUGUCCGGGGGGAAAGCUGUACGCAUCUUGAGUGUUUUGACCUUGAAUUAUGGCUCAACACACGACUUGGCAAAAAGUCAUGCUACUGCGGCACUCCCGGAAAGUGCACACAGUGCCCUAAGGAGCCGUCCCUUGUAGACAAGUGGAAGUGCCCAUUGUGCAACGGUGAUGCACGCCCUUAUAGCUUACGUGUCGACGAGUUUCUUAUGCGAGUGCGCUCUCGAUUAGAGAGCGAGGAUAAACUUCAUACCAAGUGUAUCCUUGUCUCUGCCGAUGGAACUUGGAAACCCAAAGAAGAACCUGGCGAUAAUGAAAGCGACGUUGACAGUGACGAGGGGGGCAUUGCUGCCUCGCCUACCAAGAAGCCUUCUAGAUCCACUACCACGCCCCUCCAACACGAUAAAUCAUACGUUGAAAUUGUUGAGAUUGAUGAUGAUUAGAGAAUCAUCGCACAUAUAUACUAGGUACUAGGUACCUAGUGUGUAUAUUGAGCAGCACGCGAAAUACCAAUGCUCCAGGUAUGAAUGAUAGUGGAUGAUCAGAUUAACUUCAUUCCGACCCAAAAGAUGUGACUAGUUUUAUAGACAAAGUCA